AUCUCUUCCUAUCCACUCUGGUCUCUCUUCGCUCUGCUGGCCUGCCUGCCUCGUCAACCUUCACCCAAAAAGCAAAAAAAAAACCCCUUAAGCUCACAAUGGCAGCCAGUUACAAGGCCACCUCAUACACCGUGAAGAGCUCCAGUGCCCCGAGGAGCUUCAGCAGCAGCUCCUACGCCGGAACUGGAGGGCUCACCUCCCGCAAGAGCUACACCGUCAGGAGUUCCUACGGGGGUGGCAAGGGCUUCGGAGGGGGCGGCAUCAUCAGCUCCAGCGGCUACAGCCUCGGCUCCAGCAUGGGUGGAGGCAUGGCCUUUGGGGGUGGCAUGGGACUCGGCCAAGCACCUCUCACCGCCGUGACUGUGAACAAGAGUCUGCUGGCCCCGCUCAACUUGGCCAUUGACCCGACCAUCCAGGCUGUCCGUACCCAGGAGAAGGAGCAGAUCAAGACCCUCAACAAUCGCUUUGCUUCUUUCAUUGACAAGGUGCGCUUCCUGGAGCAGCAGAACAAAAUGCUGGAGACCAAGUGGAACCUGCUGCAGGGCCAGACCACCACGCGUUCCAACAUCGACGCCAUGUUUGAGGCCUACAUCACCAACCUGCGCAGACAGCUCGACAGCCUGGGCAAUGACAAGAUGAAGCUGGAGGCCGACCUGCACAACAUGCAAGGCCUGGUAGAGGACUUCAAGAACAAGUAUGAAGAUGAGAUCAACAAGCGUACAGAGUGUGAGAAUGACUUCGUCCUCAUUAAGAAGGAUGUUGAUGAGGCCUACAUGAAUAAGGUUGAGCUGGAGGCUAAGCUGGAAAGUUUGACAGACGAAAUCAACUUCCUCCGGUCCAUCUAUGAGGAGGAGCUCCGUGAGCUUCAGAGCCAGAUCAAGGACACAUCAGUCAUUGUGGAGAUGGACAACAGCCGUAACCUGGACAUGGAUGCCAUCGUAGCAGAAGUGAAGGCUCAGUACGAGGACAUUGCCAACCGCACCCGCGCUGAGGCGGAGACUUGGUACAAGACCAAGUAUGAGGAGAUGCAGACAUCUGCCAACAGAUACGGAGAUGACCUGAGGGCAACCAGGACAGAGAUUGCCGACCUUAACCGCAUGAUCCAGAGGCUGACAUCUGAGAUUGACGGCGUUAAGGGACAGCGUGCCAACCUGGAGGCCCAGAUCGCAGAGGCCGAGGAGCGUGGCGAGCUGGCGGUUAAGGACGCCAAGUCCCGCAUCAAAGAUUUGGAAGACGCCUUGCAGAGAGCCAAGCAGGACAUGGCCCGCCAGAUCCGCGAGUACCAGGACCUUAUGAACGUCAAGCUGGCUCUGGACAUCGAGAUCGCCACUUACAGGAAGCUGCUGGAGGGCGAGGAGGACAGGCUGGCAAACGGCAUCAAGGCCAUCAACAUCUCCAAACAGAGCACAAGCUACGGCGGCAUGGACACUUUGAAGAGCGGCUACUCCACCUCCUACUCCAGCGGUUACACCAGCGGCGGCUACGGCAGCGGCGGCUACGGCGGCAGCAGCUUCAGCAGCGGCAGCUACGGCGGCGGCGCCUACGGCAGCGGCAGCAGCGGCAGCGGCUACAGUACCCAGACCAAGAAGAACGUGGUCAUCAAGAUGAUCGAGACCAAGGACGGCCGAGUGGUGUCUGAGUCCUCCGAGGUCAUCGAGGAUUGAGCUAGAGUAGUUUCAAGGCAACUCGCCGUGCUCUGACACCCCAUUUGCCCACUUCUGGUAGUUUUUACACUUACAUUUCAACUCCCCACCUAACUUUUUAUCAUUAACAUGUCUGAAGCUUCACUCUCCCGUACAGCCUUAAACAACAAGCAAUAAAGUAUCCUUACUCUACCAAUUACCUGAAAGGGACCAAAGAAUCUGUGUUGUAUGUCUGAUACUUGAGUGCUGUCUCUGAAAGUGACGUUAAAGUGAAGGCAAAUCCGAAAUUUGAAGAUACUCAACAGCUCCUCCACUCACAAAGGAUUGCAUCCCCCUCCGGUGAACAGGGGUGUUGUCGAAGGAAACGUGAACGUGCCGAAGUGUCGAUGGUCUAACUGAUGUCAAUAAAAUACACGCUACCGUAUGUAGUGCCUGUCUUCCCCCGUGCAUGUCCUGUAACCGUUUGACCUCCCAGGAGAGCGCCCACACGAUAGCGUAGUACCGCGGUGCUGUUUUUGCUACCACACCAAAUAAAAACAUGUCUCAA